AUGACGAAAUUUUACCUAGUCCUCGUUCUGCUUCUUCACGCUGCACACGGAGAUACACAGACCGGAACUUGUAAAGACAUGUUGCAGGGUUAUCUAACAGGACAACUGUCGUCUGCACUCGGAGCCUAUCAGGUGGAAGCUUUAAGGCGGGAAUUCAAAAGCUUCACUGACGUCAUUGAGGAAUCUAUGAAAAAAUUAAAGGAGGAAGUGAGCGCUAGCAAAAAAGAUAAAGAUUUAGGAAACAGAAGUAUUGUAUACACAAUAUGGGGAAAGAAGAUGUGUCCCUCAAAAGCAAUAUUAGUUUAUUCAGGAUUCGCCGGGGGGUCACAUUAUACUGACAAAGGAGCAGCUGUAGAUCCACUUUGUUUGCCGAGGGAUCCAGAGUGGGGGAACUAUAAGAGUGGAACUAGCGGAGCUGGAGGUUAUAUAUAUGGUGCCGAGUACGAAACAAAUGCAUUCACAAACCACUACGCUCCAUUUCUUGACCAUGAUGUGCCCUGUGCUGUAUGUCUUGUUCAGAACAGAUCCAUCGUGAAAGUAUUUCCUGCGAGAAAAACCUGUUACAUGGGAUGGAAACUCGAGUACCAGGGCUAUCUCAUGGCUGGACAUUUCAAUCAUAAAGCUGGUACAACAUACACGUGUGUGGACAAGAAUCCUGAUACCUUGCAGGGCGGUCAUGCGAAUAAAGAUGGCUACCUAUUUUAUUUUGUAGAAGGUCGCUGUGGGUCAUUGAAAUGUCCACCAUACGUUGAGGGAAGAGAAAUUGUUUGUGCUGUCUGUUCAAAAGCGUAA